AUGUACUCCAAAGUUGCUGUCCUUGCUGCCCUGGUGGCUUUUGCUGAGGCCCGCUUCGGCCAGGAGGGCACCGUCCAAGGCGUCAUCUCUGCUCUGGGCAACUUCGGCAACCCUGGGCAAGCCGCCACUCUUGCUGGUGCCAGUCCUGGUGUUCUGCUUGGUGGUGCCAAUGCGUGCGCCAAGCUCGAACUUGCCGACCAGAUCGUCGCCACGCUCGGUAACGACCCCGAGGUCAUUGCUGCUGCUGCCGCUCUUGUUGCUGCGGAGAAGAACUUCAACCCCUUUGCCUCCGCCAUCCCCACCAUUUGCUCGGAUGCCAGCCUCCCCGUCACCCCCGAGCUUCGCGGCAUUGUUCCCGCCGUCGACCCGGCUGUUGGUGGCUCCGACGUAGAAAAUGCCAACUCGGCCUCGUCCAUUACGAACCCUUUCAACGCCGACGGCCUGAGCCAAGCUGAUGUUGCCAUCGCCAAUGGCUUCAGCAACUUUACCUCCCAGGGAUCUGACGGGUCCACCGCUGCGCCUGCUGACGGAAAUGCUGGCGGUGACGCCGGGAACAAUGGCAACAACGGGAACAACGGCAAUGGCAACGCUGGCAAUGGUAACGCUGGUAACGGCAACAGCGCUGGAAAUGGCAACAAUGCCGGCAACGGCAAUGCGGGCUGCGGUGCCGUGCGCACGCUGACUACCGUCAUUGCCGCUCCGACUCAGGGUGCCGACGCCGGCAAUGGCAACGGCAACAAUGGCAACAACGGCAAUGGCAACAACGGCAACAACGGCAACAACGGCAACAACGGCAACAACGGCAACAACGGCAACAACGGCAACAACGGCAACAACGGCAACAACGGUAACGGUAACAACGGCAACGGUAACAACAACAACAACAACGCGGCCGCCGACUUCGGCUCGUGCGACCCGACGAUCCAGUUCACGGGUGGGCUCAACGGACGCCCGGCCACCGAAUUCACCUUCCAGUCCAACGACCCGCAGAUCGCCGCCAACCAGCAGGAGGCCCUCAACCCCAACAUCAUUACCAACCGCAUCUGCGACGAGCUGACCAACAUCUGCGAUGCCAACCAGGCCGCCAAGGACAUUUGUGAAGACGCCCAGGCCCAGAUCCAGGCUUUGGGCACCAGGGAUGCGUCCACGGCCCAGGCGUGGAAUGGUCUGCUUGGUUUUUAA